AUGGAAUUUCUUGAGGAUGAAGAUACAAAGGCAUUUUUUGCGAUUUUAGAAGGAAAUUAUUCUGAUGAGGGGGGAAGUAAUUCCUGUAGUGAUAAUUUUAUUAAUGAUACUGCCGAAUUUUUUGAUCAAUUGAAAUUGGUCCAUCCUGACAACAAAAGUGUUUGCGAUAAAGAAGAAGUUAACGAAAAUGUUGGCCAGGAAGUUAACGAAUAUGUUAAUGAAAAAGUUAAUGAAGAUGUUAGUCAAGAAGUUGAAGAAUAUGUUAGUGAAGAAAAAGAAAACGAGGAUGGAUGUAAAGAAGUUGAUGGGGAUAUUUGCAACGAAAAGUUUAAUGACUUUUUGCAUACGGAUGUACUUUUAAAUGAAUUAAUGUUAAAGUGGCGGAGGUUACAGGAUAAAAAAAGGGAAUUCUUUACAAAUGAGGUCAAGAAAAUGGAAUUGGACAAUGCCUUAUCUGGCCGAGUGAAAAAAUUUUACAAAUGGAACGAAUAUGAAAAUGGGACAACGUGCGAAUUUCGUAAUGCCUUGGAAGAAUUAAGAAUGUCAUUAAAAACAAAUUAG